GAGGUACAGUCCGCGCCACGACACGCCUCAAGCCUUAUCGCCACGCCAACGGUCCACACAUACCCAGAGAGACCGAGAGAGAAAGAGAGGGCGGGCGGGCAACAAUGAUCUCCGUCCCAUCUUGUGCUGUGUUUGAGGUCCAUGCCUUAAGUUUACGCCAAGGAUUCCGCCUAAAAGGAGCCACAAACACUCGUAUACGGCAGAUUAGAGCUUCCUCCGCUGCUUCAGGCGUCAGUCUCUCCACUCUUGAGUCUGCCAUUGAGAAGAAAGAUAGUAACGCUGUUAAAGAGGCACUUGAUCAGUUGAGUGAAGUUGGAUGGGCCAAAAGAUGGGGUUCUCAGCCAUACGUCUCACGUCGUACGACUUCUCUGAGGGAGCUGACUGUUCUCGGGAUUAAGAAUGCAGAAACCCUUGCGAUCCCAAGUGUUCGAAAUGAUGCAGCUUUUCUCUUUACAGUAGUGGGGACAACAGGAUUUUUGGGUGUGCUUGCUGGGCAGCUUCCAGGGGACUGGGGAUUCUUUGUACCGUACCUGAUUGGAAGCAUUUCCUUAAUAGUUUUAGCUGUGGGAAGCAUCUCACCUGGGCUUCUUCAAGCAGCCAUUGGUGGGUUUUCGUCAUUUUUUCCUGAUUAUCAAGAAAGGAUUGCUAGACAUGAAGCAGCUCAUUUCUUAGUUGCUUAUUUAUUGGGUUUCCCAAUACUUGGAUAUUCACUUGAUAUUGGAAAAGAACACAUAAAUCUGAUUGAUGAAACACUGGAAAAGAAAAUAUAUAGUGGUCAGCUUGAUGCCAAGGAAUUGGACAGGUUGGCUGUUGUAGCCAUGGCUGGACUGGCUGCUGAAGGCCUGCAAUAUGAUAAAGUUGUUGGACAAUCUGCUGAUCUUUUUACACUUCAGAGAUUAAUAAACAGAACUAAACCCCAACUUAGCAAAGAUCAGCAACAGAAUCUUACCAGAUGGGCAGUACUAUUUGCUGGGUCCCUCCUAAAGAACAAUAAAACUAUUCAUGAAACCCUAAUGUCUGCAAUGUCAAAAAAGGCAAGUGUCAUUGACUGCAUUAAUGUAAUUGAGAAUGCUACUUCUUCAUAACUGAAAUAUCUGUGAUGGGACUAGUCUCUCUUAUUUCAUAAUGAACAUCAAAGAUUACCAUAAUAACAUUCUUCAUAUGUAAACACUUCAUCUAUGUGAAAAGUGAAAACUUGAGAAAAUA